CAUUUCGAAGCGCUUUUGCUUAUAAUACUUUCUGUGACUGGCUAAAAAACGAUCCUGAAUUUUAAUAAGGCUUCUAGAUUAAAGUCACAAUAACCACUUACGUAGACAGUCUUAAAAGCUAAGAAAUAUUUUACUUAGUAAAUAUGGUGUGUGUACCAUGUAUCAUUAUUCCUGUUCUUUUAUGGGUGUUUCAUAAAUACAUACAACCUUUGAUAUUGAAAUUUUGGAACCCUUGGAGCAAAAAGGAAGCUAAAACUAUUGAUUGGGACUCUUUGAAAACAGAAGAAUCCGAUUAUAUAAAGAAGAAAGUAAAUGCAGAACCUGUCGUUUUAUUUUCAAAGACAACAUGCAGCUUCUGUAGUCUAACUAAAGAUCUUCUAAAUGAAAUCGGUGUAAACUAUUAUGUAGAAGAAAUAAACGAAAAUGAAAAUUGUGAAAAACUUCAAGAGGCCUUUAAAACAUUGACUGGAGAGAGAACUGUACCUAGAAUUUUUAUUGGUGGAAAAUGCGUUGGUGGAAAUUCAGAUGCCUGCAGUCUUCAUAAUCAAGGUAAACUGGUAACUCUUUGUAAAGAUGCCGGAGCAACUUUUAAGAAAACUGAUUGA